AUGUUCAUUUAUGGUAGAACCUUCCUGCUUACCCUUUUAUUGGGUAUCACUAAAUACAUUCAUAAGUCCACAUGCUAUAAGGAUGACUCAAAUGAUUCAUAUGGCAUAUUCCAGGAGACGCCGAUGGCAGAAUCCAAUUUCUGGAAGGAACAAGAAUAUUCGGCAUCCAAUGACAAACUCAUAAACUCUUUAGGACAGGAUGAUGAUGUUUCCGCGGACGGGCUAAAUGCAAUAGUCCAUGAUGACUAUGAUAACGAUGAUGAAUCUACGGAAGAGCUUAGUCAUUUCAUGCAGAAGUACGACUCCGAAGAAAUGUUUCCUCGAUCAAGAGAAGGAAAGGGAUUCCAAAAUGAUUCCAGUUCAUGCAGCAGUAGUAAUAAUUAUGAGGGAUUUACUGACGAAUUCAGUAGUUAUGAUAGUUUCGAAU